CGGCGGAAAGCCUGGCCACAGAGUCGGCUGGACCCGGCCGUAGUGUCACCUUCCACCGCCAUGCACCGCGCCCCGCGCUGACGGACCUCCGGCCCGGAGGGGGAAGCAUGGAGAAUCGGAGUGUGCCUCCGGGGCCUUAUCGGGCCACCAAGCUGUGGAAUGAAGUUACGACAUCUUUUCGAGCAGGAAUGCCUCUAAGAAAACACAGGCAACACUUUAAAAAAUAUGGCAAUUGUUUCACAGCAGGAGAAGCAGUGGAUUGGCUUUAUGACCUAUUAAGAAAUAAUAAUAAUUUUGGUCCCGAAGUAACAAGGCAACAGACUAUCCAAUUAUUGAGAAAAUUUCUUAAGAAUCAUGUAAUUGAAGAUAUCAAAGGGAGAUGGGGAUCAGAAAAUCUUUAUGACAACGGUCAGCUAUUCAGAUUUCCUGCAAAUUCUCCACUUAAAACUCUUCCACGGAGGCAUCCAGAAUUGAGAAAAAACAGCAUAGAGAACUUUUCCAAAGAUAAAGACAGUAUUUUUAAAUUACGAAACUUAUCUCGUAGAACUCCUAAAAAGCAUGGAUUACAAUUCUCUCAGGAAAAUACUGAGAACAUGAACUGUGAAAUAAUCAAUGAAGAUCAAGAAAACUCAGUUGAUAAUAGAGAAAUAAGUCAGAAAGAUAUUGAAGAAGUUUGGAGAUACAUUAUUCUGAACUACCUUCAAACCAUUUUAGGGGUGUCAUCCCUAGAAGAAGUCAUAAACCCAAAACAAGUGAUUCCUCAAUAUAUAAUGUACAACAUGACCAAUACAAGUAAACAUGGAGUAGUUGUACUACAAGACAAAUCAGAUGAUCUUCCUCAUUGGGUAUUAUCUGCCAUGAAGUGUCUAGCAAAUUGGCCAAGAAGUAAUGACAUGAAUAAUCCAACCUACGUUGGAUUUGAACGAGAUGUAUUUAGAACAAUUGCAGAUUAUUUUCUAGAUCUCCCUGAACCUCUACUUACCUUUGAAUAUUAUGAAUUAUUUGUGAACAUUUUGGUUGUUUGUGGCUACAUCACAGUUUCAGAUAGACCCAGUGGGAUACAUAAAAUCCAAGAUGAUCUACAGUCUUCAAAAAUCCUUCACUUAAACAGUUUGAAUUCCUUCAAAUCAACUGAGUGUCUUCUUCUCAGUCUGCUUCGCAAAGACAAAAACAAAGAAGAAUCAAAUACUACUGAGAGACUGCAGAUAAGCGAUCACGGAUUUCAAGAAAAAUGUGUUAAGAAAGUGCAGCUAGUUGAUUUAAAAAACAGAAGAGCCAGUGCUAAUGACAUAAUAGGAGGAAGCUGUCAUAGUUUAAUAGGCUUAAGUAGUAUGCAUGCUUUAUCCUCUAACAUCAAACCAAGGUGCUAUUCUUUAGAAGGAAUUAUAGAUUUGCCAGGGAGUUCAUGUAAAGAGGUCUCCAGUGUCAUCCAUCAAUCUAUUCUGAAUAUAGAAGGACAAAAUAAUAAACAAUUUUUAGAGUCUGAGAUCAAACAGGAAUCCAUAAUGAAUCUUCAUUCAGAGGAAAGUAUUCAAAAGCCACUCUGUGUUGGUUUUAAGAGAACCUCUACUAUGACUGUUCAAGACCAAGAGGAGUUAUAUAAUGGGAAAAGCAAGUCAAGACAGCUUUGUAGAUCUCAGAGUUUACUUUUAAGAAGUAGUACGAAGAGGAAUAGUUAUAUCAAUAUGCCAGUGGCUGAAAUUAUCAUGAAACCAAAUCUUGGACAAGGCAGCACAAGUGUGCAAACAGCUAUGGAAGGUGAACACGGAGAGUUUAGUGCCACAAUCAAUAAAAGACUCUGCAAAAGUACAAUAGAACUUUCAGGAAAUUCUUUACCUUCAGCCUCUUCUAUAUUGACUGGCACACAAAGUUUGCUGCAACCUCAUUUAGAGAGGGUUGCCAUCAAUGCACUACAGUUAUGUUGCUUGUUACUUCCCCCACCAAAUCGUAGAAAGCUUCAACUUCUGAUGCGCAUGAUUUCUCGGAUGAGUCAAAAUGUUGAUAUGCCCCAACUUCAUGAUGCAAUGGGUACAAGAUCACUGAUUAAAAAUCCUGGAGAUGGACUGAUUGCGCCUUUGCCAACAUAUUCAUACUGUAUGCAGAUUAGUGCUCAGGAGUUUGAUGAACAAAAAGUUUCUACCUCUCAAGAUGCAAUUGCAGAACUUUUGGAGAAUAUUAUUAAAAGCAAGAGUUUGCCUUUAAAGGAGAAAAGGAAAAAACUAAAACAGUUUCAGAAGGAAUAUCCACAGAUAUAUCAGAAAAGAUUUCCAACCACGGAAAGUGAAGCAGCACUUUUUGGUGAUAAACCUACAAUCAAGCAACCAAUGCUAAUUUUAAGGAAACCAAAGUUUCGUAGUAUGAGAUAGUAACUGAAUUACAAAUUAUAUAAUACUUGUGAAACUUAAGUAAAUAAAGCCAUAUCUAAGAAUCCAGCUACUUUUUAAAAAGGAAGUCUGUUUAUUAUUUAGUUUUUUCCUAAACAAAGCACAUUGUACAAGGAAGUGCCAAAAUAGUUUUUAUCAAUGUGAAAUUGCUAAAAAACUAGUGGAUCCCAACUGAGAGAAAAUAAUAAUAGAUGAUACCAGAUAUUUUAAUAGAAAUCAAUCUUUGUUUUUUUAUAGAACUAUCUGGAAAAGCUAUCAUCGUGUGUACUAAAAUUAUAUUUACUUGAAUUUUAAAACUGACAUGUUCAGUAAAAUUAAUCUCUAAUUCUGUUUUCAAAAGAAAACUCAGCAUGUGUACAUAUGAAUAUUAGCUUAAAGAAUUAGUUGUGUAAGGUUACUUUUGUUUUUAAGUUAAGAAUGUGAAGAAUAUUUGAAAACUCAAUGAAUUCUCAACUGCUAAAUAUUGCACUCAUUGUUUUUACUUUUGAUCUAUUUAUAUAUGUAUGUGUUUUUAAAAUGUGUAUAUAUAGACUUUGGUUUGCCUUAAAAAUGUAUCCUAACUGCUUCAGUCAUUCAUUUUUUUCAGUAAAUAUGUAAGACAAUCAUGUAUUCAUUCAUAAGAUAUUUAUUUAGCAACUACUAUGAGCCUUUCAUUAUUUUAGGUAUGGAGAGACAAUGAUGAAUAACAUAAAACCUCUUCCCUUAAAGUAUUUAUUUUCUAAUUAAGGGAGAUACACCUAACAGAUACUUAAAAAUAACAAUACACCCACCCCCCAAAAAUCAAGUCAUGGGGAGUCCUUCAGCUGAAGACUGACCUCUUUGAUUACGAGACAGUUCUCUAAGCUAGUAUUUUGUAUUUUUCAAACUGUUACAUAUUAGAAUCACCUGGAGAGCUUUUAAUAAUAUAUUCUUAGGCCCUACCUUAUAACAAAUCCAAAUUUUGAGGGAUGGUAUAUAGCAGCAAUUUUCAACCUUUUUCAUCUCAUGGCACACAUAAACUAAUUAUAAUAUUCUGUGGCACACCGAAAAAUCUUAUUAUAUUUUUACCAAUCUGACAAAAAGAAGGGUAUAAUUCUGAUUCAGUCACACUGGACAGCUAUUGCUGUGUUGGCUGUUGUUUUUUCAUUUGACAACCUAAGGGAAGAGAGGUCAGUGCCCCUGACUAAAUAGUCAUAUAUUGCAUGUUUUAAAAGUUCUUAUGGCAUACCGGUUGAAAAUAGGUGGUAUAUAGUAUAGGUAUCAGUAUUUUUCAAGCUUUCUAUGUGAUUCCAGUAUUCAGCCAACUUUGAGAAUCAGUGCCCAAAACACUUUGUAAAAUAAAUGUCAGGCUGGGGCACACUGGCUUUUUAUUAGAAGAAAAUCUAUAAUAAAAGGGUAAUAUGCUACUUAGAUCGGAUGUCCUUCCGAAGGUCCUUCCUUCCAGACAAAGCCACCGUGGUGGUGGGCAGGGCCACAGCAGAGACCCCCAGCCACAGUGCGGUGGUGGGAGGGCGACAAGGCCCUUGUCGCCCUUGCACGAAUUUCGUGCAUUAGGCCUCUAGUACCAGUAUAAAUGCCUCUCAUCUUAAUACAAAAUUCUCAAAUUUAGUUUUUAUUUGGCACAAACUCGAAGCAGUUUUCCUUCCCUAUUUAUUGCAAGAUUGUUUAAUAUCCAUUUCUUAAGUGUAAAGAUAUACAUAAUGCCUGGGAUGUAGUAAACACUUAUUCAAUGACUGUUUUUGAUUUCUCAAUGUAAUGUACUAUAAAAUGAUAAUGUUCUAUUUGAAAUUACUGUCUUUUUAGUAAAAAUUUGGACAGAAAAUAAUAAAUAUAUUUUGCCCAGAAUAGUUAUGAAAAGUAUUGUAUCAGAUUAUAAUUCUUUCCAAGGUGUUUGUGUGCUAAAAGUUUUUCUGUUUAAAGGUGUGUAAUAAUGUGAAUUAUGUUGCAUAUUGAGAUAAAAAUUAUGGGUUUUGUAACAA